CAGAAUGAGUCUUCUGAUGUUGAGACUAACAUCUUGUCACUUAGGGGCUGUUUGUUUCAGCCUCUUAAUGGUUCAGAUGUCUGAAUGAUUCAGCACUUAAUGGUUCAGACUAUUUGUUUCAGCCUCUUAAUGGUUCAGAUGUCUGAAUGGUUAAGAGAUUUGCCUCUGAAUGGUGUAGUGGCGUGGGUUAGCAAUGUAGCUAUUAGGUCAUAUCCCGGGGUUGGGACGGGGGUAGGAGGGUCGCAAAGGGGGAGUGUAGUGUCACAUGUGUGUUUUGGCUCAUGGAACAUAGGGACCCUCACAGGUAAGUCAAUUGAGUUGGUGCAAGUUCUCAAGAGGAGAAGGAUUCAGGUGGCAUGCGUGCAAGAAACCAGGUGGGUGGGCACUAAAGCGCGAGAGGUCAAUGGUUUCAAACAGUGGUAUUCAGACUCAGCUAGGGGAAGGAAUGGAGUCGGCAUUCUGGUGGCGCCGGAGCUGCGAGAGUUUGUGGUGGAGGUCAAGAGGAUUAGUGAUCGUCUGAUGUUUAUCAAGUUGGUUUUGGGUGGGUGUGCAAUCAAUGUCGUGAGUGCUUACGCCCCGCAUGUUGGCUUGGCAAACGAAGUAAAGAGGGAGUUUUGGGAUGCCUUGGAUGGGGUGGUUGUUGGUUUUCCACAUACUGAGAAAGUCAUCAUUGGAGGCGACUUCAAUGGCCAUAUUAGAGAAUCGUACGAGGGCUUCGAGGACGUGCACGGUGGUUUUGGCUUUGGCAGCAGGAAUCCGGCGGGAGUUUCACUCUUGGAGUUUGCUAGAGCGAGUGAUAUGGUGGUUGCUAACUCUUGUUUCCCUAAACGAGACGACCAUUUGGCUACAUUUGUUAGUGGAGUGGGGAUGACACAGAUCGACUAUCUUCUCCUGCGCAGGUGUGAUCGGGUGCUCUGCAAGGAUGCUAAAGUAAUUCUGAGUGAAAACAUCACUACCCAACACAAGCUUCUAGUGAUGGAUGUCAUGAUCAGGUGGGUGAAACAUACGAGAGCUUCGAGUGGCAACACACAAAUACGGUGGAGGAGACUAAGUGGGGAGAAUAUCUCUGAGUUGAUCAGGCGAGUGCAAGAGAAAGGUGCGUGGGAAUCGUCUAGAGAGGCCACUGAUAUGUGGGCGCGGACUGCUAACUGCAUCAGGGAAACAGCCAGGGAAGUGUUAGGGGUGAGCUCUGGCUCUGGGAGUAGGCAUCAGGGUGAUUGGUGGUGGAGCGAUUCAGUCCGAAGUAAGAAGGAAGCUAAGAAGGUGGCGUAUUUCAGGUACAUGGGCUGCAAUGUUGAGGAGGAAAGAGCGGCGUUACGGGUGGAGUACAAGAAGGCACGUAAAGAAGCUAAGUUAGAGGUUACGAGGGCAAAGAAUGCCGCUUUUGAACGCCUCUACAAGGAUAUUGAGGAGAAAGGCAGUGUUAAUCCACUGUUCCGGCUUGCUAAGGUGCGUGAGAGGAAGGCCCGAGAUCUGGAUCAUGUGAGAUGCGUGAAGGGCAACGAUGGUAGAGUGUUAGUUGAGACUGCCAAGGUGGCUAAGCACUGGGGGGAGUACUUUAGUGAACUCUUAAAUGCGGGAGGAGACCAGAGGCUAGUUCUUGAUGACUUGGGGCAGUCUAGGGCGUCUCGUGUGUAUUGCCAGCACAUUUUCCAUGAAGAGGUGGUUCGGGCCCUCCGCGGGAUGCGUAGUGGGAGAGCUUUGGGACCAGAUGAGAUUCUGGUGGAGUUUUGGAAGCAUGCGGGGUGUGGUGCAAGGGUUUGGUUAACAAAACUCUUCAAUGUUAUCAUCCGGACAACAAGGAUGCCUGAUGAGUGGAGGGAGAGUCUCUUGGUCCCUCUGUUUAAAGGCAAAGGUGACAUUCAGAGCUGCCAGAAUUACAGAGGCAUCAAACUGCUUAGCCACACCAUGAAGGUUUGGGAGCGAGUCAUUGAGUAUAGGGUGCGGAAAGGGGUUUGCAUCUCUGAGAACCAGUUUGGUUUUAUGCCUGGCAGAUCGACUACAGAGGCCAUUCAUCUCGCGAGGAGGUUAAUGGAAGAGUAUAGGGCUAGGAAGAAGGACCUUCAUAUGGUGUUUAUUGACCUUGAGAAGGCGUACGAUAGGGUGCCAAGGGAGGUCUUAUGGAGGUGCCUUGAGACGAGAGGAGUUCCCAUCGUGUACACUCGUGCUAUCAAGGAUAUGUACGAUGGGGCUAUGACCAGGGUGAGGACUUCCGGGGGCGACUCUGAGUCUUUCUCAGUAGGGAUGGGGUUGCACCAGGGGUCUGCUUUUAGCCCUUUUUUGUUCGCCUUGGUGAUGGACGUUCUAACCCAAGCUGUUCAAGAAGGAGUCCCAUGGUGCAUGCUUUUCGCGGAUGAUAUUGUGCUUAUCGAUGACACACGCGAGGGACUUAACGAUAAGUUAGAACUAUGGCGCCUUGCCCUUGAGACUAAAGGAUUUAGAAUAAGUAGGAACAAGACUGAAUACAUGGAAUGUCGUUUCAGCGGCCGGGAAACUGAAUCAGAAGUGGAAGUUAGGAUUGACUCUCACCUAGUACCUAAGGUAGACAGGUUUCGAUAUCUUGGCUCAGUGAUCCAGGCUGAUGGGGAGUUAGAUGGUGAUGUUGGACACCGUGUUGGAGUGGCUUGGUCAAAAUGGCGGUUAGCCUCAGGGGUGUGGUGUGAUCCAAAGAUCUUGCCCAAGAUGAAAGGUGGGGCUGCCGACGGUAUUGGAGUGGCGGCGAUAGUGCGGAGAAAGGAGCGGGCUACCUCGGAUAUGAUGAGACCGCCAUGGCUUUGGUGCAGGGGGCUGGGGAAGAUGGUCGGAGAAAUUAGCGGUGGUGUGGCGGGCGGCAAUGGAAGGGCUGCGGCAACAAUUGGGACUAGGUCAUGGAGGAGCUGGCGGCAACAAUUGGGACUAGGUCCGGCGAUGGUUCCGACGGCGACACUAGACACGGCAGCUAUGGAGGGAGGCAGUGGCUAAACUCUGGCGUCAGUAUUUGGGGUCCGUGCACAGUACUUACGAAGAAGAACACUUUGGGACGCAUUUCUUUCUUUUCACUUAAUUUUUGCAAUUAGGAUAUCAAAUUUGUUUAUUUUCCAAUUCAUGAAUUUGAUUCUCUAAUGCUCCGUACUUGAAUAUUAAAUAUGUUUUUUUAAA